AAGACACAACAAAGUAUGUCCUAACGCUCGAUUUUACGUGACAGCCCCAAUGCAGCGCAGCUCACAGAGGAAACAACCUGCACCUAACAACAUGCACUGAGGCAAAGGAAACAGAAGCAACAGCAGCACAGUCAAACCUCUGAAAUGUGCAACGUUUUAUCAGAGUCAUCGUCACUUUAACCAUUUUGGUCAACGCAUCCAGAACAGACAGUUAGUGAACCUGACCGUCACCAGCAGGGCAGAGGGGACCAGUCUGAAUGUGAGGUGAAAAGAGAAGACAGGAAGAGAUGAGGAGAGUUCGAAGAAAAGGGGGCAACAAAGAGAAGGUGUUUGGAUGUGAUCUGUUGGAGCAUCUAAAUACCUCUGGUCAAGAGGUUCCACUGGUGCUGCGAUGCUGCAGUGAGUUUGUGGAGCAUCAUGGGAUUGUUGAUGGGAUCUACAGGUUGUCUGGAGUGUCAUCCAAUAUACAGAAACUCAGGGGUGAGUUUGAGAGUGAUGGUAAUCCUGAACUGAACAAGGAUGUGUACCUGCAGGACAUCCACUGUGUCAGCUCUUUGUGUAAAGCUUAUUUCAGAGAGCUGCCCAACCCUCUGCUCACAUAUCAGCUGUAUGACAAAUUUGCUGAAGCUGUGGCCAUCCAGCUAGAGGAGGAGAGGCUAGUAAAGAUCGGUGAUGUCCUGAAAGAGCUACCAGCACCUCAUUACAGGACUCUGGAGUUUCUCAUGCGUCAUCUUGUCAGAAUGGCCUCGUAUUCGUCAGAAACCAACAUGCACGCCAGGAACCUGGCCAUUGUCUGGGCCCCCAACCUGCUCAGGUCUAAAGACAUUGAAGCGACAGGAUUCAAUGGCACUGCGGCCUUCAUGGAGGUCAGGGUCCAGUCCAUCGUGGUGGAGUUCAUUCUCACACACGUCCCUCAGCUGUUUCCCGAUGCAGACAUAUCAAACGAGAGAAGGAAGUCCCUCCCAUCCCCAUCAGCAUUCCCCAACAAGGAGGAAUGUUUAUUCCGGCCUGUUCCCACCCCAGCUUGUAGCUAUGGGAACAUCAGUCCAGGAGAUGGUCCACUUCCCAUAAGACCUUACCAUGCCAUCAUUGAAGGCACAGACAAGAGGAAAGGAUCCCUUAAAGGCAGGAAGUGGAUGUCCAUCUUUAACAUUGGAGGACGAUUCCCGGAUCCACGGCGAAAACACAAACCUUCAACCAAAGCUCCAGAGAAAGAAAGGCCUGCUCUGAGACCUGCAAGAAGCAUGGACUCCCUCAGCUCCCCAUCCUAUCCAAAUGAAGGUACCAGGCGUCCUGGCCAGCGCCCUCCUUCCACCAGCAUGUCUCCCCUUGUCACUACCACCCCUCAGGCUGUCUCUGAGCUCCCAGUAUCUUCAGGUGGAUUAGGUGCCAGUGAAUAUGCUGUGACCUACCGCAGGGGAACAGGGCUAGUAAGCGGUGGUGCAGGCGUACAGGGUACCUACACAGCUCUUGAUCCAGAAGGUUUAGGAUUAGCAGGCAAUGAUACUGUCCAGUCCAGAUCUCCAGGAAUAUCCACUAAAGCUGGUCGGAGAGCAGCCAUGCACAUCACAGGACCCACCAUGGUUACUGUGCCACUACAUAUCACCUCUAACCUGGCUUUAGGGGUUCUUCAAGGGGGCGGGGCUGACAGGAUCAUACACCGUAGAGACAAAAACGGGGGUGACAAGGCGGGAGCAGAAAAGGCAGCGAAGAAGGUAAGCAGAGUAAUGGAAUGGAAUGUGGAAGAAACCAAGAAGGAGGAGGAGGAAGUGAAAAGUGAAAAGGAGAAAAGCAGUGAAGAAGACGUGGAGACGACAGAGGAUUCGGUGGCAGCAGGUGGUGCUGAGGAGAAAACGGAAGAAGGAGCAGAAGAGAAAGGAGAUGAACCUGAGAGACAACGAGACAAAAGCCUCCUGUCCAACUCAGAAGAAGAUAACAAAGGUGAUGCCAAAAAUGCUGAACAAAAUGUUGAAGAUGAUGAAUAUAUGGAAAUGAAAGUUAGUGAGACGCCUGAGCUUCAGCCAGAGGACACUCAGCAUGAAGAUAAUGGAGAGUUCGAUGCUUCUGAUGUUCUCAACUCAACAGAGGUGGCAGGCGACAACCAGAAUAUGUUUGGCUACAUUCAAGACAACUUUGAAUUCCUGGACCAAAUGGACUGCAGUGGAAUGGACCAUAUGGACUGCAGUGUCUCUUAUCAGGUGCAGGAGUUCUCUGUUGAACCUCCUUGCCACUCAGACGAUGAGUAUGAAACAAUGGCUCAAGCUCAGACUUCUCCUUGUCCUCCAGAGCCACAGUCACGCCUGCGUCCAGGCCCUCAAAGUCCCAGCGAGUCAAACCCACACAGACCGCUCAGUCUCGACUUGCACAGUCGACACACAAAAUCCCUCAGCCUGCCUUACAUGACCUCGCCUGUCCACGGACAGGAUGAGUCUUCAUCUGAAGACGAGGCUAUGGGGGACAUCAUAUGUGAUAACGAAUACAGUAGCGAGGAAGACGAGAGCAUGUUCGUUAAAAGCCUUCCAACGGAUUUCUUUUUGAACACAAUCUCUGGGUUGGAACCAGAAACUGAUGGACAAGAAAGUUCCCUUCGUGAUAGCGUUUCUGUGCAUUACAUAGAGAGCUCUGAAGAAAGAGACUGCCAGUCACUGAAAACUGAACAUUCGGCAUGUAAAGAAACAACUACGGGAGAGCGGGAGCAGGUAGAAGUGAACGACAGAGAAGAUAAAAAUGGACUGGAUGAAAAGGAGAUGACAGAAAAACAAGAGGAAACUAAAGUUCAUCAGGAAGGAGACCAGCUGGAAAACGACAUGCAAAGCAGAGAAACAGAGGAACAUCUGGAUGUUAUGAAAGAUGCUGAAAGUGAAAUAUCCUCAACAACCUGCUGUACAGAGUUUCCACUGCCAGUCACCGAGGACACUGAUGAAUCCAGCACUGUGGCUGGCAUGAGCGUUGAGGAGGUGAAGGAAGUAGUUGAAAUUGCUCACAGCGAUUGUCCAUCUCAGGAAAUGAUGAACCAGAAAGAAACUGAAUCAACAAAUCAUACCAGAAGCUGUAAUGGAGGGGGUACAACAGAGAGAGACAAUAAGGAGGGGGAGAAUGGUGUGAUAUGCAAUGAAAUGGAGGACAUGUGUGAACAGUUUGUACUGAAAAUAGAGGAAAGUGACGAGAAAAUGAGGGAAGAAACCUCAGAGGGAAAAGCUGACAGAGAACACGACAGUAGCAAUGAGCAGGAUACCCAAAUCUGUGGGACACACAAUGACAUUUGGGAAGAACUUGAGGACAUUGUAUCUGAAGUGAUAGAAGAUGAGGAAAAGGCGCAGUCUGAGAGGGAGGGUGAUGUUGGGCAAGAACAUUUGGUAAAAGAUGAACAGGACGAAGAGCAAGGAUCAAAGGAAAUGGUGGAAGACGACAAAGAGGAGGUGAAGAAGACGGAAGGUAUGAUAGAAGUAGACGGUGAACCAGUGGAGACGGCUGAAGGAGCGCUAACAAGUUUAGAAAUGCAACAAGAGUUUAACGAAGAUGAGACCCAGAGAGAAACUCACGAGAAGAUGGCCAGCAAGGAAGACUCUCAGGAACAUGUCACAGCAGAAGAGUUUUCAGAUCAGCCAGAGAAUGAGAGCGAUGGUGAACAGACAGCCGAUGAGCAACUUGAAACUGCGCCAAGUGAAGAUAACCAAUUUAAAGAGGUGGGCUCUGAUAUGACAGAGGGAAGAGAGAGUGAGAAGAGUGACGGCCCCUUAGAGGGUGUCGGAAGCACGCUGGUCUCCUCACAGCCGAAGAUCUACCAAGUUAAAGCCGUGCCGGUGGUGCCUCCGAAGCCGCAGCACUGCAGAAUCACCGCCCUGACCAUCCGACAGCAGCAGCAGCAAAGAGAGAGAAGAGACGGCGACAGAGGGAGAGACAACACGCUGAGAGCCCCAGGAGAGCAGGACAAGGACGGAGACCAGAGCGACGAGGGCUCUGAGAAAAAAGAGAGUCCAAAGCUCAGGGGAGAUAGCCGGGAGAGAGAGGGGAGGAGGGACAGGGCCGAAGUCAGAAACAGUCCCCUCAGCAUGUGCUUUGAUGAGGCUGUGGCCAUUGCAACCAUGAGGAGAGAGAAAGAGAGGGUGAGAGAAGGAGAGGCGGAGGCAGACGCGCUGGGGAAGUGACGUAGAGAUUUGAAUUGUACAAACUAGUUUUCCGCACACAAAGUUAAAGGCUGUAUUUUCUUAUAUAGAGAGGUGAAUUUAUUCCAUUAUACAUUACAGCAACAGCAGCCCUGCUUAUGUAAGGCAAUUGAUUUAGCCGUUUCGGUGUUUCUUUGUAGAAUGCAUAAACCAAUAGUUUUCUAAUAUAAAUAUUGUUCAAGGGAAGUUUUGUUCUCCGUUCAUUUACCAGAACAGAAUAGACCGCGGAGAUGAUAUAGAGGGAAUCAGAUGCGGGGGUUGGAUUUACACGGUCAGCAUCUUGAAUCCUGAUAUUAAGAGGAAUAAACUGAAACAGAUGACAAACACUGAAGUGCCGAAGUGCUGCUCCAGUGUGACAAACCAUCUGGACGAACUGCUAGUUUCAAGAGUCUGGGUUGUUAAUCUAAAAGUAAAAAAUAUUUGCAUUGAAUACACUCCCUGUUACACUCGGUGUUUGCACGAGUAACGAGUUUUCUCUCUCGUUACAGAAAGGUGUACAUAAAAAUAGAGGUUUGAUGCCAAAUACAAAUGUGUUUAAAAAGAUGCAUAGACUAUAUCAUUUAGCAGGAAUAUGAUGUCAAC